UACUCAAAAGAGUUGAAUUAUUACCUUUUAUAUGUUUUUGUUUUUUGAAUAUUAAAUUUUUUUUGAUACCCUACCCUUUCAAAAAUUAAUUUGUAAAAAAUUAAAAAUAAAGAAUGAUGAGCGCGAAAGAUGUGCUCCGUUAAUUUUUUCAACUCCGUUAGGAAUUUUUUUCGCGGUGGAACCGGAAUAAAGUUGUGUUUUAGGGUUCAUGUGACCCAAAACCCCCAUUCAUAUUCGGAUUCUGGAACCGCCAUUGCAGGCCUGAGCAGUAGCAGUAGUAGUUCACAAAUUCUGGUUUUAUUUCGCAGUUUCCGCUCAAGCUCGUCGUGCUUCUUCUUAUUCUAGAUCCCCAAAUUCCGAUCGAGAUUUAGAGAUAUAAAACAGACUUGCUGCAACAAUGGCCAAGCACCACCCUGAUCUGAUCAUGUGCCGGAAGCAGCCAGGGAUAGCCAUUGGACGACUAUGUGAGAAAUGCGAUGGGAAGUGUGUUAUAUGUGAUUCAUACGUGCGGCCUUGCACACUCGUGCGAGUCUGUGAUGAAUGCAACUACGGUUCUUUCCAGGGUCGAUGCGUAAUCUGUGGAGGGGUUGGAAUCUCUGAUGCAUACUACUGUAAAGAGUGUACACAGCAGGAGAAGGACCGCGACGGGUGUCCCAAAAUUGUCAAUCUUGGAAGUGCCAAAACCGAUCUAUUCUACGAGCGUAAAAAAUAUGGGUUCAAGAAAAGAUGAUUGCUUGUUGUUCCUCACUUCCUCUCAAUGGAAUGGUGUCUAUCAUGUUACGAUUGAAAUCAUGUCUAGUUGUUUGUGCUCUUUGUGUGGUCACACCGUGGAGUGUGUACUUUCAUGAUAAAGAUAUUCAAUGAUGUGAUUAAUCAACUUUAUCUUUAACUAAGGUUGUAAACCAAGCAAAUAAAUUUCUAUCGUAUAU